AUGCCAAUCAAGCCUGUUGGGUGGAUAUGUGGGCAGGUGGUGAAGAACUUUUCUGGAAGAAUGGAGGGGAUCCAGAAAGUAAUCACAGACCUGGCAGAAGAGUUUAAGGAUGAUUUCCCCACCAUCCUAAGACUGUCGCAGUCGAAUCAGAAAAGAAAACCCGUGCAGAAAGCAUCAAGAAUCAGAAUGGCGGUCGUGUUAGCCAAGAUCAAUCGGGGCACCUGGAUCCAAGGGUUGAGCAGCAUCUCCAGGUCCUCCAAGUCCAUGGCCAAGCUCCUGCAGCCCCAGCUCACCUGUAGACUUGUGGAGCUGAGGGGCAUCGCCCGCCGCCUGCUGAGGGAAGUGAACCUGCCACGGCAGCCCCUGUACAACACACAGGCCCAGAGCAGUUCUUUGUUUGAAAUCCUUUCCUUUCCGGCGAAGACAGCCUUAACCAGCAUAAUGUACGCUUCCUACGCAGCUCUCAUUUAUUUGGCCGUCUGUGUUAAUGCUGUCCUGGAGAAGGUAAAGACCAUCUUGCAAGAAGAGGAGUCCUUUAGGCAAAACCAAGAGCAGGGCGAACAUUCCAGAAAAGCCUUUUCCGAGCCCAUACUUGUGGAGCCCGAGUUUCCUGAUGGUGGAAUCAAAGCCAAACCUUACAGGUCACUGCCGGAGAAGCCGGACCACAUUUCACAGGACCCCAAGCCUCCUGCUCCUAAGCGGAGUAACAAGAUCCAGGUCUUACAUUCGGUGUUUGACCAGUCAACUGAAAUGAAUGAGUGAGCAGGGUCUGAACACAAAUAUCACUCAGCAGAGC